AUGCUUGAUGAAGAUAUUAAUCCUCUUCCAUAUGCUUAUGUGACGAAUAGUGGGCUGAUAAGCCAAGUAUCAUUUUUUUCAUCACCUUUUCUUGGUUCGUCAUCUUUCCACAGCUUUCCUGAACUUCUUUGCGGAUCGAAACCAGCAAUAGUGAAUGAUAAAUUAUACAUAUUUGGGGGAUGUAUCGGUAGUAAAAACAUUCAUCGAUUAGACGGAUGCUUUUUUAAAGAGCUUAAUACUCAUCUGAAAAAUGAGUACUCUUAUAAACACAUGGCUCUAUCUUACGACGGAGGCAGCAAAGCUAUUAUUUGUUCUAAUGUCAAGAGAAAUAAUGGGAGAGAAUAUGAAGCAAAGAAUGGAACAGUUGAGACAUUGACCAAAGAGGGUAGGAUUAAGCUGAAAUCGCAUUCAAGACGUAUCUGUGGGUCUGCUGCUGUUGGACUGCCCUCAGGAAACCUUUUGUAA